CUGGAGCCUGCUCUGCUGUAGGUACGGGAAGGGGCGUUUGACGUUUCGAUUGAGUGUAGCAAAAUGGCGCUGAAAGCCGUGGUUGGACAAAAAAUUAUGAAUGAAGUCAUUCGUAACAAGAAAAAGGGACAAGGUAUUGAGUGGCGAGUUCUAGUUGUUGAUCAGCUUGCCAUGAGGAUGGUGUCAGCAUGCUGUAAAAUGCAUGAAAUAUCUGCUGAAGGUAUCACAAUUGUGGAGGAUAUAAAUAAAAAGAGAGAACCUCUGUCUACAAUGGAGGCCGUGUACUUGAUCACACCAAGUGAAAAAUCUGUACACGCAUUAAUGCAGGACUUCGCCAGUCCUAAUCGCACCAUGUAUCGUGCUGCCCAUGUGUAUUUCACUGAAGCAUGCCCAGAGGAGCUGUUUAACAAAUUGUGUCGUGCAACUGUUGCGAAGUUCAUAAAAACUUUGAAGGAAAUUAAUAUUGCAUUUGUAGCAUACGAGGAACAGGUAUUUUCUCUGGAUUCACCUGAUACAUUUCAAUGCUUCUACAAUCCCUCCUGUGCUGGUGGUCGAAAUGCAAACAUGGAACGUAUUGCUGAACAAAUAGCAACCUUGUGUGCUACUCUUGGAGAGUACCCGUCAGUCAGAUAUCGAUGUGAUUUUGACAAGAAUGUUGAAUUAGCCCAACUAGUUCAACAGAAAUUAGAUGCAUAUAAGGCAGAUGAACCUACAAUGGGUGAAGGACCAGAAAAAGCUCGUUCCCAGCUUUUGAUUUUGGAUAGAGGAUUCGACUGUGUCUCACCAUUACUUCAUGAACUAACACUGCAAGCAAUGGCAUAUGAUUUACUACCAAUAGAAAAUGAUGUCUAUAAGUAUGAAGCAACAGCAGGGGCACCAGAAAAAGAGGUGCUGCUGGAUGAAAAUGAUGAAUUGUGGGUUGGGCUCAGACAUCAACACAUUGCUGUUGUUUCACAGAAUGUUACAAAGAAUCUCAAGAAGUUCAUUGAUUCCAAACGAAUGCCACAGGGUGAUAAGCAGUCAAUGAGGGACCUAUCACAGAUGAUAAAGAAGAUGCCACAAUACCAGAAAGAGUUAAGCAAGUACUCAACACAUCUUCACUUGGCUGAAGACUGUAUGAAAGCUUAUCAAGGCUAUGUAGACAAACUGUGCAAAGUAGAACAGGAUCUUGCAAUGGGCACUGAUGCAGAAGGAGAGAGGAUAAAAGAUCACAUGCGAAAUAUAGUGCCUGUGCUUCUUGAUCAAGGUGUGACGAAUUAUGAUAAAAUGCGUAUUAUUCUGCUUUAUAUAAUAUCAAAGAAUGGCAUAAGCGAAGAGAACCUUAACAAACUUGUCCAACAUGCCCAAAUUAAUCCAUCUGAAAAGCAGACCAUUAUUAAUAUGGCCAACUUGGGUGUUAAUGUUGUUGUUGAUGUAAGGACACGCAAGAAAUUCUACCAGGUUCCCCGGAAAGAACGUAUUACUGAACAAACAUACCAAAUGUCACGUUGGACACCAGUCAUCAAGGACAUAUUGGAAGAAUGUAUUGAAGAUAAAUUGGAUCCAAAACAUUUUCCAUUUUUGGCAGGAAGAGCUGCUCCAUCUGGCUACCAUCCACCAACAAGUGCAAGGUAUGGCCAUUGGCAUAAAGAUAAAGGUCAACAAGCUGUAAAGAAUGUUCCUCGUCUAAUUGUCUUCAUUGUUGGUGGUGUGUGCUUCUCAGAAAUACGCUGUGCUUAUGAAGUAACCAACACUGUAAAGAACUGGGAAGUCAUUAUUGGCUCUUCUCACAUUAUGACGCCAGAGGACUUCCUCAGUAAUCUUACGAAUUUGAGCUAAUCUGUUAGCACAGUAUAUCUAGCCUGCCCAAAAAGCUGCCGAAAUAGGAACUUUAUGUUGAUGGGGUGAAAAGUCACCAGAUCUAUCAAUAUUAUGUGAAAGAUAAAUGUAAUUCCAGUGUUAGGAUUUGUACUCAAGUCUGUAUUGUAGUCAGUUGCCUUAAAACAAGAGCUCUAUAGCUCUUGUUGCAUUUAUCAUAUUAAAGUAUUUUUUAAGAUAGCAUACAAGUUUGUAAAAAAUUCUUGUAAUUCACAAUUUGUGUGUGUGUGUAAAAUAUUUAGAUAACAUAAUUAUGCCAUAUACAGGCUCAUUAAUGAAAGGAAAGAAAGCUUAUAGAUAUACCAGUAUGAAUUACUUGGAUUGUAAGAUUGCUAGAAAAAAUGCCUUCAAGCAAAAUGUAGGAACUUUCAGACUUAUUUAAGUGUCCUUUUGUGCAGAGGCAGUUAAUGAAUAGUAGAGUUUGUCUUCUGCAAAGCAAAUGUCCCUUUAACCUCUCUGGUCUUUUGGGCAUUCUGACUAUAUUAACUAAAAAGCAGAAUGUGAUGAAACUUCCAUCUUGCUGUCAUUUUAAUGUAUGCAUUCUUAAUAAUGUAAUGUGUUUCUGAAAACACUUUCAAUAAGAUGAUCUGUAUGUUGUUUGAGAACGACAUAGUCAACUUAAAUUGUUCCUUUACCAGAGGACCAAACUGUGUUAAAGAGAGACGUUCAAAAUCUUCCAUUUUCAAUAAACACCAUAGUUUUAAUAAUAGUUUUUCAAAGUUAUACUAUUUAAAGAGUGGAUUCUUUGCACAGCAAUAACUACUUAUAAGACUAAGAGGAUAAGCCUGUGUUGCUUCACUAGUACAAUAAUUGUAAGUAGAUUAUUAUUCAAACAUUUUAAAUUGCAGAUUCAUGUAAAAGCACAUUUUGUAGCUAGAUCUUCAUUUCUGUAUUGAUUAGUUCUGUCUUCAUGAGACUGCAUUUUCCUGAAGUGUCAAAUUUUGUGAGAAGUAAUGUCACAAAUCUUUCUGCCUUAUAUGUAAGCUUGUUAAUUCAUAACUGUUAUUCGAUAUAGUGUUCAGUAAAACUUGGAUGUGCUCCAGAAUCUGUAAAUUAACUGUUUCCAUAAUAGUCUUUAGUGUUGUUGUAAUACCCAUUUUUUGACAUCGAAUAUUUUUAUCUAACUUCUUAAAAAUUUGUCUUACAACUACAGAGACAUUAUUUUUUAUUAAAAUUUCAUCAUGAUUUAUUUGGACAGUAAAAUAUGUUAAUAACUUUAUAAGCAAUACUGUGAUAGUGUAUGUUUGUGUUGAAAUGUUUGAGUUCGUGGGAAAUAAUAAACGAUGUUAUGCUUCUGCCUGUUUGGGAAUAUGUUGUCAGUCUCAUAUUUUGCAGGCAGACUUAAGUGCUGUAGUUACCUGAUUGACAGUUUAUUAGGCACACAAUUUUAUGUGAAACUUUUGUAAAUCUUCGAUAAGAAAAGGAAUAUGAAAGUUCUUCUUAAACACCAAUAUAUACUAGAGAAUCGGCUAAGCAUCAAGCAGUGGUAUUAUUGCUUGCCAUAUAAUUUAGGCAGUUGCCAUAUAAUUUAGGCAGUUGCCAUAUAAUUUAGGCAGUUGCCAUAUAAUUUAGGCAGUUGCCAUAUAAUUUAGGCAGUUGCCAUAUAAUUUAGGCAGUUGCCAUAUAAUUUAGGCAGUUGCCAUAUAAUUUAGGCAGUUGCCAUAUAAAUAAAAUUUGUGGAAUACCAUAUUAUGUACUUACAUACACAAGUACUGUAUUUUUAUUCAAACAAAAAGUGAACAGGUAUGUAAAAUGAGCUCCAGCUGGAAAGCUGGUUAUUGAUCUUUACUUUUAAAAAAUUCUGGAUUGCUAUUUGGAAGUGCUGUCCCCCAUGUGUGGUUCUUGCACACUGCUAGACAAGAUUGAUUUAACAAACCUUUGUACCGUAUGAAAACUAAGAAGGCUACUUAAAGAAACAUUAAACUAAAAUUUGAGAUAACCUGAAGUAAGUCUGGGAAUUAGUGUUUAAGCUAUCCCUGUAGUCCCCCCCCUCCCUCCCUCCCUCCCUCCAUCACCAGAAAAAAAAGAAAAGGGAAAAAAAAUUACUGCCUAACCUUUCCUUCUUCCCCAUCUGCACUACAGUGUAUGUGUGAGCGUGCGCAUGCAUGCACACGCAUUUGAGAUCAUCUGUAAAGAAGUACAGCAUUUUUAAAGUGGGGCAUUGGGUAGUGCCAAGUCAGUAGGCUUUAGUAUGGAAGAAGGGCAUUUAAAUCUAUGACAUUGCUAUAUUUUUAGUGCAUACGGGGAGUAUUCCUUUUAAUUGCAAGUUAUAAUUUAUUUAAAAAGCUGCAUUUGAAAACAUUUGCUUAGAGCUAGUUGAAUAGACAUGUAAUUGACUUUAUCAACAAUAAAGUCAUGUUAAUAACUAUAUAAUUUAUACCUACGCAUUCCAGUUAAAAACAUUGAAAACAGAUAUGUAUGUAUAGUAUAGUUUAAUGAGAAAUUAUUUUCUAAUUAUGGCUGUUUCAUCAAGCACUGUUUUAAGUUGCCAUUAAAUUAUUGGCGGAUGAAAAGUUUUAUUUACUUCAAAAGUUUUUUCAGUAGUGUUAGUUUUAAAUGUAUUUAUUUAUUUUUACAAGUUAGCAGAUAAAUUAAUAAAAGACACAGUUAAAGUGGUUGUUAAAUUUCCAUGUAUUUCACAUCCUGAAUCCUCUUUCGUGUUUGUAAUGUCUGGAUGCCUAAAAAUUUCUCAUCUUGGCCAUGUUUCUGACAAAUCUGCCAAUCAUGGGUCUUAAGGGUAUGCCAUGUUCUCAUUCAGUUUGUGGUGAGUAUGAAUACAUGAAGAGGAAGCGUGCACGAGCCACACCUUUUCACUUGAAGGCAAUUUUGGAAGAAAAAGACAUUAUUGUUACCAAAUGAAAUACAUCACAGUAGGAGUUGAAACGUACAGUGCAAUGCUAUCCCAUUAUAUCGUUGUUGUUGUUGAUGUUGUUAUUGUUGCUGCUGUUGUUGUUGUUGGUAAUUUAGACCAAAUCUCCUUAAGUGUUUAACUGAUGUGGCCUGUCAAAGAAGAAAUGUUGAUUUUCCUAUUAAUUAAUUAUUUUUGUUAAUGUAUUGAACAGAUUUUGCAAAAGAAAUUAAAUGUUAUAAAACUGACCCAGCAUAAUUUUCUCAGACAUUUUGUUGCCUUGUGUUGUUAGUGCAAUAGUAAUGUUACAAUGUAUGUAUUUUCCUUAAUGUAUUAUAAAGCAUUGUAGGCUAUAGAUAAUAUAGUGAUGUUGACAUAUUGAUAUAUAUAGCUUCUUCAGAUAGAGCAAAUUCAUAUUUUCAUAUUUGCUUUCAUGUGACCAAACACACACUUCUCAUUAUCAUGAGAGUUUUAAUGCAAACUAACAAUUGCUAAUGUGUAAGAAAUACAUUGAAACUUAGAAAUACGGGUCAUUUGGAACUAGUGGGCACAUAGUGUAAAUUCAAUAAAUUUUUAAUGCAUUUUUACAACAUUUUCUUGUACUGUUGCUGUGUUCGAUUUUUACAUAAAUAUUGCCUAGUACAAAUUUGAUUUCAAAAAAGUGUCUUAAGAUUUUAAAAGAUUGGAAAGGUGGAAGACAUGAUCAGUUUCAUUUUUACAUAGUUAUGAAUGUCAUUUUUGUCUUUUUCUAUCUAAUACAUUUCAUUGAUGCUGUUUUGUUGAAUGCAGCCUUUGUAAGUGAUGCAAAGGAUUCCUUACCUAACACACUUGAUCUUUCUGCAUGUAACAGCAUUCAUCUUUUUCUCUCCCAAAAAUGCAGUCAUCUCUUUUCAGCAAGAUAGUGUUCUUGAGUGCCUCACUUGUAAGGCUGAAAGUUAAAGAUUUACAAAAUUAAUGUAUGGUAGAAAAAAAGUUUCAUAGGUAUAUGUGAUUCAGUACAUUUGUCCAGUUUUAGUUCUCUCUCUCUCUCUCUCUCUCUCUCUCUCUCUCUCUCUCUCUCUCUCUCUGUGUGUGUGUGUGUGUGUGUGUGUGUGUGUGUGUGUGUGUGUGUGUGUGUGUGUGUGUCGUAAUGUUGAAUGUUUGCUGUAGUUUCUCUCGUCUCUCUUAAAUCUUGAAAUAUUUCAGAUAAAAAUUUUAGUUAAUUGUACUGAUAAGUGUAUUAAAGCUUCUAAAAUAUUGGAACUUCUUAAUUGGGAAGGUACUGAAAUUG